GUUUCCAAGAUCAGCCCGCGCAUCGAUCAGCAGCACCGACGACAGCCAACCAGCCAGCCCUUCCCGUUGCUGCUGUCCUGCCUGCCACCCAUCCUCCCCUUGCACGCGAGCCCUGACACACUGCCUGAGCCAUGUUUGGUCCCUUCAAGUCAUCGCUGGUCUCUCUUGGAGGCCUCGUCUGGAAGCGACGAUUCCGUCUGACGGACACCCAAAAGUAUCGCCAGCGUCUGCGCCUGCGUGCCGUCGAUGAUGUUGUUGACAAGAUUAUCGAGUCGGGAGUCCGGCUCCGAGCACUGGAUCAAGCCCGUUUGAUUCCGCGAGAGUCGGAGCUGACCCCGCAGGAAAAGUACUGGAUCUUCUCGAAGCGGUUCCGCGGCGGCCUGAAGCCUGCCCACUGGGUUCCCAAGUGGACCAAGGUGCCCCACGGACGCAAAUGGACCAGCGACGUCCUCCACCAGCCCGAGAGCAAUCAAAAGUAAUAAACCUGCAGGACAUGUCUCACCCACA